AAUGGUGAGGUACUCUCUUGAUCCAGAGAACCCCACAAAAUCAUGCAAGUCAAGGGGUUCAAAUUUCUGGGUCCACUCCAAGAACAUGCGUGAAACAGCCCAAUAUAUCAAGGGCAUGCAUAUCCGAAAAGCGACCAAGUAUUUGAAAGAUGUCACAUUGAAGAAACAAUGUAUUCCUUUCCAUCGAUAUAAUGGCGAAGUUGGCAGGUGUGCCCAUGCUAAGCAAUGGGGUUGGACACAGGGUCAUUGGCCCAAAAAGAGUGCUGAAUUCUUGCUGCAUAUGCUUAAAAAUGCAGAGAGUAAUGCAGAACUGCAGGGUUUGGAUGUGUAUUCUCUUGUCAUUGAGCAUAUCCAGGUUAACAAGGCUCUCCAAAUGCGAUGGCAUACUUACAGGGUUCAUGGCCAAAUUAACCCAUACAUGAGUUCUCCUUGCCAUAUUGAGAUGAUACUUACUGAAAAGGAACAAAUUGUUCUUAAACCAUAA